AUGGAGGCUUCCUCUAGAACGCAGCAGAGCGUUGAUCAUAGGGCGGAUCGCCGGGUGAGAGAACUCUUCCGCUACUAUCACCCGGCCGGUGUUCCUAGCGUCGUCCCGUCAUGGCUCCCGUCAGGCGAAGGGUCUAGCAGGUCCGGUAGCUCAACCGGAUCCCCAGACACACUACUUGUACCUGACGAUUCGGGGGGCUCCAACAGCAGUGCUACUUCACGGCCCUCUACAGCGUGUGGACCGGAGGCCCUGAUCUUGGGAUCAUCGAACAAUACCUUGACGUCUUUUUGUCAACUGGCUGCGCUGCGACUCGAUGUGGAACGUGCGAUGAUUUGCGUGUUUGACCGAGACACGCAAUAUAUUCUGGCAGAAGCUACUAAAUCUGUGAAUCUCAAUGAUACUUCUGUCCACAACAAAAAUGAUGAGCUUUGGCUCGUAUCUAGUGCGAGUAAGAGGGCAUGGAAAUGCUGCCAGGACACUGCUGCAUUACCACCUUCGGAUCGCGAAACUCCCACCUACCAUCACCUCGUGGUGAAUGACCUGUCCAAGGACGAGCGAUAUGAGAAAUCGCCCUUCGUUACACAUGCUCCGCAUUUCCGAUUUUUUGCCGGGACUCCCUUGACGACCGAGAACAGAAUCAACCUGGGAUGUUUAUUCGUAUUGGAUACAAAGCCACGGGACGGACUGGGGGAGUUGGAAAAAGAUACAUUGGGAUCUUUGUCCUUUUUGGUGAUGGAUUAUAUGAAAAUUUGUCGCCAAGCCUCGGAGGGUCGUCGAGCUGCCCGUCUUUCACGGGGACUGAGCUAUUUUGUGGACGGGAGCUCAAGUUUCGUGAACAGCAUUGAUCCCUCACGGGCCGACAGCUGCCCACCCUUUUCCGCGACUCCGCCCUCGACUUACAACCGUGUCAGUGCAAUGGAUGAGUACCAGGGCAGCAACAGCCAAGACAACGCAUCUCAAGUGGCAUCGCGAAAUCCACGGAAUGACCACGGCAGCAACAGUCAAGAUAAUGCAUCUCAAGGCCCGUCGAACAGUCCGCCAAACGACCGUUCACUCAGCAAUGACGCUCGCUCUUUUAGUUCUGGCCCUUAUGACAUGAAGUACGACAACACAACGUCCGGCGGACAAGGAACGUCUGGAGUCGGAAGCUCAUUGCCGGAGUGGAUUACCAGCACUAGUCGCAAUCGACUUCCCCCAGAUGAUUCACACGGAAACUCUUGGUGUUUCCGCCGAGCUGCAAACUUGCUCCGGGAGAGUCUUGAUCUGAGUGACGAUGGCGGUGUUCUUUUCCUGGAGGCAACACAGACCCCUUUGAUGGACGGUGAAAGUGGCAGUGAUUGCUCCAUGAGCGACAACAGUGGCCCUGCCACGGUCCUAUCGAUGUCUACCAACGACGACCCCUUUGCUCCAAGAGCCGGUUCCAUGGCUGCACCACCGGCCAGAGUGGAUCGUACAUUCCUGCGCCAACUCCUUAGACGCUACCCUCAGGGCAAGUUGUGGUCCCUUCACCGUGACGGAUUGAUUUCGACCUCCGACGACGACCAACCACCCCGCGAUAACCACAUUUACACUUCUGCAAGCCCGUCACCACCCGGCGGCCCACGUCUCGACUUUAAGAAACCACUAGGCAAGCGGCGCAAGGCGCCGGAGAAUUCAAUGCUCAACCAGUAUUUCCCUGGAGCGACGCAGAUCAUGUUUGUCCCGCUGUGGAAUGCUGUCAGUUCGCAGUGGUUUGCAGGCUGCUUUUGCUGGACGACUGUUGAGACGCAAGUCUUUACCUCUGCCGUUGAGUUGAGCUCCGUCCUUGGAUUUGGGUCCUCUAUCAUGGCCGAGUACAGCCGGGUCGAGUCGCUGAUCGCAGACCGGCAGAAAGGUGACUUCAUUGGCAGUAUUUCACAUGAGCUGCGCAGUCCAUUGCACGGAAUUCUAGCCGCGGCUGAGUUCUUGAACAGCACCAAGCUCGAUGAAUUCCAAGAGUCGUUACUCGAAACCGUCAAUGCCUGUGGCAGGACUCUGCUCGAUACGAUGAACCAGGUGCUCGACUUCAGCAAGGUCGUCUCCCUAGAACGAACGUGGCGGUUGAUGAAACGAAAGAAAGAGUCUCCGCUCGACUUUAAAGGGACGGACAGAUUGGCUUCUCAUCUCGACACUUAUAUUGUGACCGAUCUGUCCAUUCUGGCCGAGGAGGUCGUGGAGGGUAUCACUUUGGGCCUUGCGUACGGGCAGAAUUCCACCGCAGCAGCCGACUUGCCAGUUGUGUUGUCCCAAAUCCCACCCAAAGCCUCGACAUCCCGGAACGUGGAAGUGGUUAUCGAUAUUGCCCAUCGUGAUUGGGUUUAUCGCACACAGCCCGGCGCCAUCCGGCGAAUCAUCAUGAACAUCUUCGGAAACGCCAUGAAAUACACCGACGAAGGUUGUGUCACUCUGAGUCUCGAGGCAUCGAGUCAUUCUGAAGGACGAUCUCGGAGGCAAGGUCUAGAAGAUUUGGUCACGUUGACGGUGACGGACACUGGUAGAGGUAUCUCGGAAGAAUUCUUGCGUGACCGUCUCUACACACCUUUCGCACAGGAGAAUUCGCUCGCCGUGGGAACAGGACUGGGACUUUCUAUUGUCAGAAGCCUCGUGAAGGCACUAAAUGGUAGCAUUCGUGUCCGCAGUCGUCCCGGCGAGGGCACCAUCGUUCGAGUGUCUCUACCUUUGGCCCGCCCCGUCGGUGAAGAACAUCCACCUGUUGAGCCUCAUGGUCAUCAAAUCCAACAAAGGGAGAUACUUGAGCAAACCCUUUCACUUCGCGAAACUUACCCCGGUAGACGUGCCGCCAUCUGGGGCGCCGACCCCGACAAUAUUGCACAUAACCCCACGUGGGCUGACAUUGGGCGGUAUCUGAGGGAAUGGUUUGGCGUUGAAAUCGUCCCAUGGCCAACCCAUUUGCCGUUGGACAUGCUCAUUGUGGAAGAAAACGAGCUACCCGUGCUUCGCGAAACUGGACUCUCCGCAACCUUGCCGUCUCUUCUUAUUCUCGGCAACAAGUCCUCGGAUUACAGUAGGGCUAAGUCAGAGUGGUUACCUCUUGCAUCUUCUGUCGAUGUCAUCCGUCGCCCAUGCGGUCCUCAUAAGCUGGCUCGGAGCGUGAUGAAAUGUUUCCGGAACUCACGCUCGAUCGUCGUUACCCCGUCGACUGUCAUCCAUAAUCCCAUGGAUAUGGUCAUCCGAACACCGCCAAUUACUUCUGCUAUCACAUCUCCUAUUGCUACAUCCUUCGACGGCUCUCUUGAUACGGAUGUGUGUCAGAAGCAAGGGGUCCGUAGCCGGUCAACUUCGGUGGCAUGUACCUCGCCUGAUGCACCUUCUGUUAUCUUCUCACCGCCGGAGGUCAUUGCAGCGACUCCUCCACCGCCGCCUCUGGGAGAGAACAAUACUCAGUCCACGCGGCUAGCUCGGGUCCUGGUUGUUGAUGACAACCGCAUCAACUUGAAUCUCAUGAUGACAUUCUUGAAGAAACGCAAUCUGAUCGAGCUGAUAUCUGCGGAGAACGGCAAGUUGGCCGUCGAGGCCGUCGAGCGUAUGUCAAGUGGCUUUGAUAUUAUCUUCAUGGAUAUUUCAAUGCCCGUCAUGAACGGCUUCGAGGCCACUCGUGCAAUCCGCGCAAUCGAGCGAGAGCGUGACGGCUGCGGGCCAGCUAUCAUCAUUGCUCUUACCGGACUGAGCAGCUCGCGUGACGAAUCUGAGGCCCUUGCCUCUGGCGUGGACAUGUUCCUGACCAAGCCGGUGUCUUUCAGGGAAGUCUCGCGGCUGUUGAAUGAGUGGGAGAAAGAUGGGAUGGAGAAAGAACGGAGGCAAAAAUGA